GGGCUGUUUAGCCUAAGCCAAAAUGUUAUUGAAGCCAACCAGACCAAGUCUGAUUCGCACGCGAAGUAAGAGCGCAUGUACAACGAGACCAGUGAUUCGGCUACGACGUCUCGACGACUCGUCUACUGAUGUGACAGAAGAUGUCGAUGUCGACAACGUGGAAGAAGAAAUAAGUCCACUACGUUCCAUGCAAAUGCGAAUUGGCAGCCUUAUACAAAAUGGUAUUGUAGAAGGACAACGAUUUGCUCUUAGCAGUGAUUUGUGGAGAUAUGCAAAACCUACCGCGCAUUGUGACUUGCUCAUAACAUUCAAAUCAAAUCAAGAUGAGGAGCGAAUGCGAGACAUUGUCCAAUGGUUGGUAGACGUCAUCAAAAUACAUGAACCACAACUGAGAAUAGAAGUACGACAUCACAAUCUGAAGGAUUGCUAUGCAUUAUACUUGACCGCAACCUAUAAAAGCCUGCUAAAAGGAGCCGAGCUUUGCCAUAUCAAAAAGAACGUGAAGAGCCAUUUUGGCGGUGGCCUUCGAGAAUUUUGCUUCGAAGAAGCGCAAUGCUUCGCCGGAAUUGACGGUCGCAAUACUUUCCUAACGGAUAUGGAACGAGCAUUUAUUGUAAAACAAAUGGUUGACAUGAUACGCGCUCCCACUGGUGGAAUAACGCUACAAACAUCAGCGAAGAAUGUCAGAAUACCAGAAGGAAUGGCAAUAGUUCCAUUUCUAACGUCUACUAACCUUGUGGAAAAAGUUCUACCACUGCAUAGUACAGAAUUUCUCAAGCAUUUGCAACAGAAAUGGGUAGUUUCCAUAGUGGACAAGCAACCGCUAGAUGAGAUUCGAGACUACUUUGGAACUGAGAUAGCAAUGUACUUCUCUUGGUUAGGUCAUAUGACCGGUGCGCUAUGGUUCCCAGCUUUAUUAGGUCUCUUCAUGUACAUGUUUUUCGGAUUUUCUUUCAAAUCGACCAAUAAAAAUGUGGUACCAAAACAAGAUGGUUCUCAGUUUAUCUCUGACAUCUGCUUUGUCUGCUUCGCAUUCUUCAACUGCAUCUGGUCAACAGCGUAUUUGGAAUCUUGGAAGAGGAAACAAGCAGAGUUAGCUUUCAAAUGGGGAACCUACGAUACUAACUGUGACACAUAUCUUCAAGAUCCUCGUCCGCAGUUCCGAGGCGAAUACUUCGCACCUAAUCCGGUUUCGGGACGUUUAGAACCUUACUAUCCUCCCUGGAAACAUGCGAUAGUCAGAUACGGCAUAACAUACCCCUUGACUUUCCUCUGUAAUAUCUUCAUGUUCGUCACUAUGCUAAUUGUCUUUCAAGUUCAGGAUGCAGCCAAUUAUUAUUUUGGUGGAAGCUUCUUUUUGGGUUGGAUCUGCUAUCUGCCUAUGAUUGUCUACGCUUUAAUGAUAGUGAUAAGUGACAAAUUAUAUCGCCAACUUGCCCUCUUUCUUAAUGACCUUGAAAACUACCGAACGGAUGAUGAAUAUGAAGAUUUUUUAAUAAGCAAGAUUGUCAUUUUCCAAUUUGUCAGCGCCUUUGGAUCCCUUUUCUACAUCGCAUUUUGUCUGAAGGACAUGAAACGACUGCAAGAGACUUUGGCAACUCUCCUAAUUACCCGUCAAAUCACUCAAAACAUCAUGGAAACAGCUGUGCCUUUCUUGAUGGAGAAAGUGAAACUUUCACAACUCACAUACAAAAUGACAAAGAGCAUGAGCGAAAGAACACUACGAAGGCAUGUCGAAGAAGCUCGUAAGAGCAACACGCUUGGAGAAGAUCUAAAGUGGCAGCAAAACUCUCAAGCCUACUUUACUCUCGGUUCACCAACAAGCGAAGGACUUAGAAGGAGAUUCUCACAGAAAAGACUUGCAGGAAAUGAAAAUGAGCUACAUCUGUUGGAGAACCUAAAUCAGACCGAUGACUUUCAACUGCAUUCCCCUCGGCUUCCAUUGCCGGAAUUUAAACCUUCUGACUCAACCGAGCUGAAUCAGGCUGAGUUGGAAAGUCUCAUGGCAGCGUACGAUCGUCCUCUGGAUGAUUACCUCGAAAUGUUCAUUCAGUUCGGCUAUGUGCUCCUGUUCUCUCCUGCUUUUCCGCUGGCUGCCUUAUGUGCUGUCAUAAACAAUGUGGUGGAAAUACGGGUAGAUGCAUUCAAGCUCUGCAAUACUGUACAACGACCAUUCGGAAGACAAGUGAAGAGCAUUGGAGCCUGGCAGAAGGCGAUGGAGCUGCUAGGUAUGGUUGGCGUUAUGGUAAACUGCGCACUUAUUGGGCAAUCAGGACUUGUACAACGGAUAUGGCCAGAUCUUAGCUGGGGUGGACAGGUGUUGAUCGUCGUUGUAUUGGAGCAUAUAAUACUGGCAUCAAAAAUCUUCAUUGACCUUGCUGUGCCAGACGUUCCUCACUGGAUUCGCAUUGAAACAGCGAAACAGGAACACUUUCGACGGGAGGCAUUCAAGCGCGAGUCGCGACUUCUGUCGUCGGUUGGUCGGAGUGGCGAUACAACCCCGGCUGGAGAUAAUGUUGAUAACCGACAAAGAAGUCAGCCUGACCAUCGAAUACAACGAAGGAGUGUCACUCCUGCUGCCAGGAGCAUGACAACAAGAAGAGACAGAGAAAACAACUGUAUAGAUCAUUUGUAAAGACCCCUUAAAACAUUGUACAGAGCCUACCGAGAAAGGCAAUAAAUUCUCAGGCUGUACAGAAAUUAGAUUUGAAAUCGUUGCCACAAAAUGUCUCAUCUAAUUUUGACGUGAAGAUAAUUCUCAAUUUGGCUUAAGA